AUGUGCAGCCUGGAGAGCCGUGCCGGGGACGGAGGCCUUGCCAUCGGUGCCUCGCCAGCUCACCGAAGCUUUCCCUCCUCCUCCCCAGGGGCUGAAAAACUCAUCUGCCACCUGCAACAGCACAACAUACCCUCUGCCGUCGCCACCAGCUCAGGGUUCGUGUUGUUCGAAAUGAAGACAAGCAGGCACAAGGAAUUCUUCAGUUCAUUUCAUCACAUCGUUCUGGGAGACGAUCCUGAGGUGAAGAGUGGCAAGCCAGACCCCGACAUAUUUCUCGCUUGUGCCAGGAGGUUUUCGCCUCCUCCUCCCGUGGAAAAGUGCCUGGUGUUUGAGGAUGCUCCCAACGGAGUGGAGGCGGCCCUGGCAGCUGGUAUGCAGGUGGUCAUGGUGCCCGAUGCAAACCUGAGCCCCGACUUGACGAGCAAGGCCACCCUGGUGCUGGGCUCCCUGCUCGACUUCCAGCCCGAGCUCUUUGGCCUGCCGCCCUAUGAGUGAGAGUGCCCGAGGGCCCGCUGUCGUGAUCUGUGCCACCCAGGGAAAGGGAAGGAAAUCGGCAACCCCUGAGCUGCAGGCUGCGUUGUGCAAUUAGCCUUUUCCUCCCGUGUUGGCUCGGCCCACUCUCACUAACGUGCUGAUAAUUCAGAACUUGACCGUUGAGCAAAAGCAAAGUUGACGCAACCCAGAACCACGUUCAAACCUUAAUUACUGCGUGAAAAAUCAAACUGAUGUAAUUAGUAUAUGAUAAAAUGAAUACACAUAACACAUAUACACGCUAGUCUGUGAAUACUCGUGUGCACAUUAUAUAUAUAUCUGUACUCAUGUGUAUGUGUGUGUGUGUACAUAUAUACAGGUCAAAUACAUUUCCACAACAGAGUGAAAUUAUACUUCUGGUCAUUUCUUUUUCAUUUUAGUUUUUCUGAACACAGGCUGGAAAAUAUAAUCUAUAUAUGCAGAUAUGUUACCUGUAUGUACAUCUAUAUUAUACUUAUGUAUGUAACAUGCUCCAUCCUUCCGUCUCCUCAGUGUUGAUGUUAACACGCCACAGCAGCUGAUAAAGUGGAGGUGGUAGCUCUUUCUGGUUUCUGAUCUGAGUGGGAAGCUGUGUUUUUGAUGAGCCCUAAGAAAUGAUUCUCCUUUUUAUCUAACAUUAAAAUUCCUCUUGUGACCUCAAAAUAUGUCUUUGGACCUUCACUGAAUGACUACCUCUGAGCCGUGUCAUUAAUAGAUUAUUUUUAGUGUGAGCACAGCUGUAGCAUACAUCGAGUACCUACAUCCUCAUCCACAUUGGAGAAUGUGUUCUCCCCAAGAAAAAUCAUUUCCCUCCUUUAAGAACAUUGAUUUUCUACAUUUCUUUGAUAGAAAUAGAAUUUGGUUUCAGAAUAUCUGCUUGGUAAGACUGACAGCCACGGCAUGCUUUUGGAAUAAUUUAUAGGACAUUACACUUUUAUGAUUAACCCUUUUUGUAGAUUUACUCAGCCUUUGGAAUUUGUCUACAAUUUGUUAGGGAAAAAUUGUGAAAGCCGUGGAGUUGGGGAAUAAAGGAGCACUACUAGGUCCUGGCUUAGCACCCCCUGGUCUCUGCCCUUUAUUGUCGUUGAGCUAUUUUUCAACUCUGUAAGUUAUGGAAAAACCAUAAUAGUGCCUGUGUUUGUCUGUUGAUGGUGGCCCCUGGUUGUUGACCAACUUUGCAUCCAUUUAGCAAAUUUAUUUCAGCAUUCCUGAUUGCCUGCAUAUGCUUCUGCUCUUUGAAUUCUGCUUUAAACCAGUUAUAACAUUUUACUGUUUCCCUCACAAAUUAAUUUAAAUAAAAUCUUUUCAAACACGUU